UACAACUUUCAACUUCAUUUUUUCUCACUGAACUCCUCUCCCUUCUCUCUUCUCUCUUCUCUCCUCUCUUCUCUCUUUCCUCUCUCUCGCUUCUCUCUCACAUAAGAACGGCCGACUGGCCGACUGCGACUGCCUGAGCCAGACGCCGCCACGCCGGUGGCCCAAAUUCGCAAUUCGGCAGUUCGGCUUCGCGAGUUCGCGACCAGUACCCACGCGGCCACGCCUGUGGCCCAAUUCGCUGAACUCAUUCGCAAAUUGCAGCUUCAUAUCAAUUUUUCAAGUGUUGUGGCUGGAAAUCAAGAAUGAAUGACCUGUGAAUUGUCAUCCCCCGCCCCUCCUGCCCUGGCUCAGGGACGGGCCUGGUUAUUCCGUUAUUAGCUAAUUCGAUUAGUCAAAUGGAUGAAAUUAAUCAAUUAGCUCUGCAGUCUGAAAGUGUAUAGUUCGGGCAAGUAUCAGAGUUGGUAAAUGGAUAGUGUUGAUGGCAGCAAGAACUCGAAGAGGGUAGUUUUUGUCACUGUAGGGACUACUCUGUUUGAUGCUCUUGUCAGAGCAGUGGAUGCUCCAGAAUUCAAGCAAGAUUUGUACGCUAAAGGGUAUACACACCUUCUGAUUCAAAUUGGUCGUGGGUCAUACAUUCCUACAAGGUCCACUGGUGAUGAUGGGUCCCUAGCCGUAGAAUACUUCACGUUUUCGUCCAGCAUUGCAGAGAGCCUGAGAUCAGCUUCUCUUGUUAUAAGUCAUGCAGGAUCAGGCAGCAUAUUUGAGACGUUACGGUUGCGUAAGCCUCUUAUUGUCGUGGUGAAUGAGGAUUUGAUGGACAAUCAUCAAGCGGAACUGGCGGAAGAAUUAGCAGAGAGAAAACACUUGUUCUGUGCGCAUCCUCAAACCCUUCAUCAGACUCUUACGAGUAUGAAUAUAGAUUCUCUUCUUCCAUAUCCUGCGGGUGAUGCUAAACCAGUUGCAAAACUUAUAAACAAGUUCCUGGGUUUUCCGGAAGAUUAACAAAAAUAUACUACUUGGUCCACCACGAAUUUAAAUUUCAUCUGUGUGGAAACAAACUGAUUGAAUCCUAUUCUAUAAAAGUUGCCAGUGUAUUGCUUUGCUGCUCUUA